CUACAGCCGGGCUACCGACCGACCCCCACCCACUCACUCACUCGGUGCCUCUCCCGCCGCCAUAUGGACGGCUAGCGCCCUCCCGCCAACCCGCCCGCCCGCCACACGUACAUGCGAGCCCCGCCGCCGCCUCCUCCUCCUCCCCGGCCUCAGCCCCAGCCCCAGCCCGCGGCCGCGUAGGCCUCGCACGGCCCCGGCCUCCUCCAGCCCCCGGCCCCACCGCACUCCUCCCCGGUGAUGAGCGGCCCCUGAGGCGCUGCCCGACCCCCGAGACAAGCGGAGCCGCUGGUGGGAGCAGAGUCCUGGGUUAUCUAAACCGCCCCAGGUCAUUGGCUGAGAGCGGCGCUGGAAGUGUGAGUGAUUGGGCCUCACUUUAUUGGUAACUGAGGCAUCGCUUGCACUGCUCGUGAACCUCACAGUUUGAGGUGGGGCUAAGAUGAGCAUAACCAGUGACGAAGUAAAUUUCCUGGUUUAUCGAUAUCUCCAAGAAUCGGGUUUCUCUCAUUCAGCUUUCACGUUUGGAAUCGAAAGUCACAUCAGUCAGUCGAACAUCAACGGCACACUCGUACCACCUGCAGCUUUGAUCUCCAUCCUUCAGAAAGGACUGCAGUAUGUCGAGGCAGAGAUCAGCAUCAAUGAGGACGGCACGGUGUUUGACGGGCGGCCGAUCGAGUCGCUGUCUCUGAUCGACGCUGUGAUGCCCGACGUUGUUCAGACCCGACAGCAGGCGUUCAGAGACAAGCUGGCACAGCAGCAACAACAGCAGCAGCAACAGCUGCAGCAUCAGCAGCAGCAGCAGCAGCAACAGCAGCAACAGCAGCAACAACAGCAACAACAGCAACAGCAGCAACAAGCAGCAGCUUCCUCGACCCCACAGCAAGCAACACCAAAGAAUGGAGAAGCCACUGUCAACGGCGAAGAAAACGGGGCACACACCAUCACCAAUAAUCACUCUGAUGCCAUGGAAAUCGAUGGCGAUGUUGAAAUCCCUUCCACCAAAUCCACAGUCUUAAGGGGUCAUGAAUCGGAAGUGUUCAUCUGUGCCUGGAACCCAGUCAGUGAUCUCCUGGCAUCAGGUUCUGGAGACUCAACUGCACGAAUCUGGAACCUGAAUGAGAACAGCAACGGUGGACCGACUCAGUUAGUGCUGCGGCACUGUAUCCGAGAGGGCGGCCAAGACGUGCCCAGUAACAAGGACGUCACAUCACUCGACUGGAAUAGUGAUGGAACGCUUCUGGCCACGGGAUCAUACGAUGGAUUUGCAAGGAUAUGGACAAAGGAUGGCAACCUUGCGAGCACCCUGGGACAACACAAAGGGCCCAUAUUUGCUUUAAAAUGGAACAAGAAGGGAAACUACAUUCUCAGUGCGGGUGUUGACAAGACGACAAUAAUUUGGGAUGCUCAUACAGGCGAAGCUAAGCAACAGUUUCCAUUUCAUUCAGCCCCUGCCUUGGAUGUGGAUUGGCAAAACAACACUGCAUUUGCAUCCUGCAGCACGGACAUGUGCAUUCACGUCUGCAGGCUGGGUUGUGACCGUCCUGUCAAGACAUUCCAGGGGCACACCAAUGAAGUCAAUGCAAUCAAGUGGGACCCAUCUGGCAUGUUACUUGCAUCUUGCUCAGAUGACAUGACACUGAAGAUUUGGAACAUGAAGCAGGAUGCCUGUGUGCAUGAUCUCCAAGCCCACAACAAGGAGAUCUACACCAUCAAGUGGAGUCCCACUGGGCCCGGCACCAACAACCCCAACUCUUACAUCAUGUUAGCCAGUGCUUCGUUUGAUUCAACUGUACGCUUGUGGGACGUGGAACGAGGGGUUUGUCUCCACACCUUGACCAUGCACCAGGAGCCGGUCUACAGCGUCGCCUUCAGUCCUGACGGCAAAUACCUCGCCAGUGGCUCUUUUGACAAAUGUGUCCACAUAUGGAAUACCCAGACAGGAUCUUUAGUGCACAGCUACCGAGGCACUGGAGGCAUCUUUGAAGUGUGUUGGAAUGUGUCUGGGGACAAAGUGGGAGCAAGUGCAUCAGAUGGUUCUGUGUGUGUGCUCGAUCUCCGGAAAUAGCCGAGCGGGCGUGAAGCAGGGUGUAAGAUUAGACCAGCAGUGAGCCUGUGGCAGCAGCAGCCCCUCACUCACAGUGUGUCAGUUCCACAUCCACAAGGACCCGACCUACAAUGAAAUGGUUCAAACCAGCUCUCCCUGCCCACUUAAUGUUGAUUUUAUUUUAGUUGCCUUUCCACGAAAAUGAUGUUAUUGUCUGUGAGUUUCCUCCGCGCCCCACCUCCCCCCCCCCCCCCCCCCCCCCCCCCCCCCCGCCCAGACGGAGCCCCAGCCGCACGCUGGCUGCUUCACCCCGGAGUGUGACAGGGGGAGACGACUGUGCCAGGAUGGGCAGUGGCAGGGCAUGUUCGUGACUGAGAGCAUUGUGCCAAACCGCAGAUACUGUGACCUACAAACAACCCAGCACGUUGUGUGGGGGACAGCAAAAGCAAGUGACGGAGGGGAGUGCCAUACAUUCCCCUUCCUCCGUACUCUUCCCUCAUUCUGGUUUGGACACUACAGUGCUGCUGAAACGGAAGAAUGACUUUGUGCGCAGUCACGGCGGAGUAAUCUACAAUUUUGUAAUAGCAACACUUUAUAUUUUCUGGAUUUUUGUUUUGUUAAAACAAUGUUUUAGGGAUGCUGGAGUAUUACGUAGAUUCCUACAAGAAGCUUUUACCAGGGUUGGAUGUGAAUGAUUUUGUUUCUAGAAGCUGCAGGGAGGAAUCUGUGGGGUUUUAAAAGUUAAGCUUUUCUGAACUGCUGAUAGACUUGCUUACAUUACUGUGCUUCAAAUGGUGAUCUAUUGAACAGGCACUUCUUCAGAGAACUGCAUAUAAAAAGUGCUUUACAUUUGAGAAGGUGAAUCAUCACCAGCUUCAUACAGGGAAAGAGGACUCACGGGGCUAACCCCAGUGUAUUUUUGAAAAAAAGCAGAAAUAUUUGUAGUUUUUACCUUUAAUCACACAUUAGACCUUAAAAGCCAGAACGGCAAACCAUAAACCGAGCAGACACUUUGUUAAAGAAAUGCGAGGAAUGAGGCAUCUUAACACUGUACAAGAGCAUCAAUUCUUUAAUCUCAUGCCAUGCUUUAGCUCCUUUUUUUAAAACGAGUAUUGCUAACAAAUGCUGUUUAGAGUCGGGUGAGGUGCACUUUGUCUAAUGUAAGGGUCUGCUUUGUUUUGUUCUCUGAGUUUUUUGAAUAUGUUCCUCGUCACACGCAAAGUUCAUUUGUCUGAGAUCCGUGUUCUGGCUUCUGUUGCUUUUAUUGUCUGUGUCAGACUUUGUUCCUUCUCCUUGCAGCCUCUCAGGAGUUUAGGUCCGAGGAGAUCAUGUGACCUUCAUGUUUCUAAUCCAGAAUGUGUGAUGUGCUCGUGCUCAUUAAAGAAAAACAAAUCAUCAAAUCAUAUUCAAUGUCUUGAAUAAAUUGCUAUAUUUUGAUAUUAGAAAA